AUGGACGUCGUAGUCGAUACAGGCUCGAUCGAACUCGUGCUACCCAGCUUACCCUGCGAUCUCACUUCGUCUGGCCUGAGUUCUCGUGCAUGCUCAGCAGCUUCUGCUCCUGCUGCUUUCCUAAGCAACGAUUCCUCUACUUUUACUGCAUCAUCGCUCGGAGUCAACAUCGCUUAUGGCACCGGCUCGGCAAGCUGUGCGGUCGCACACGACGUUGUAUCGAUUGGCGAGCUAUCAGCAGCCAAUGUCACAUUUGCAGCUUGUGCAGAAACGUCAGGACUGAACGUGACUGGCUCACCCGUCUCUGGCAUUCUUGGAGUGCCAUCGCAUAAUCCAGCGUCAAGCCUGGGUACAAACCUAUGGGAAGCACUCGGCGCGACGUCCAUUGGCAUCUUCCAGAAUCGCAAUAACCAGACGGGUGCACUCACGAUCGGUGGUGACGAGCCCUCGCUUUACACUGGCCAGAUCAACUACAACGACGUGGUGAAUGCGACAAGCUCGUUCUGGGAGCUCAAGCUAGAUGCAAUUCACGUCGGCAUACAGCUACUUGGCCUUGAGGAGCUCAACCCUACGGUCGUCAUUGAUUCUGGUACAUCGGUGCUCGCUUUGCCAGUCUCGACGCUCGACUCGAUGUUUAGCGCCGUUCCGGGCAGUCAAGCAAUCGACACGACAGCCGGACAGUCUUAUGCUGUUCCCUGCGAUAUGACACUCAACAUCACUUUCACCUUUGGCAAUAUCUCAUACGUCAUACAGCCACAGGAUAUCGUCCAGCAAGGGCCUAUCACCACCGGGGGGCUCUGUCAGGUCAAUGCGAUCUCUUCAGAUUCGAUCUCUGGCAUCCCACCCUACAUUCUCGGAGCCCCGUUCCUACAAAGUGUAUACACGGUCUAUCGCUUCGCACCGGCUGCAGUCGGGUUCGCGACCUUGUCUUCCCAAGCGAGCGACUUCAGUGCCAAGCUUACAGAUGCGCUCGUACCCGUCAAUACGAGUGGCACCGCGCAACCAGCAGUCAGCACAGCGACUGCGAAAGCGAGCGGCCAGUCUCUCAGUCGUGGUGAUCAACGUCCUGCGACCGGAGGCGCGAAUGAUCAAGUGCAUGUAUCAGAAUGGUUCGGCACACCUGCUGCUGUCUUCAUAGCCGGCCUACUAUUUCUUUCGCUCGCACGAUAG